GUUGGAUUUGUGAAACAAAUGCAGAUUACAUGGAGGCAAUCUCUGAAAGACUGUUCCGGUGAUUAGACCAGUAACACAUGUAUAGCUGAACACACAUAUCUAUACAUAUCUAUAUCUAUCUAUAUUGGUGUAUUUUGUGUAUAUACUAAAAAAUAAGACAGAGAAACACCGAGGCACUAUGUUAUGACAUGGCACGAUUGAACUGAUAGAAGACAAAAGGAGCGGUUUGGUGAAGUUAGUUAAAAGAGUUGGGUUUCUUCGUAAGCAUCGAAAUCAGAUUUCUUUACCAAAGAAAAAAUAAAGAAAAGAAAAAUAUAGCAAGUACACUGCAUUUCAACACUCUCAUAUCUCUCCUUCCUACUUCCUCGGUUUCAUCGUCCACUGUCUCAACAAUGGCGUCAUUGUCGGUACCUUGCGUCAAGAUCUGUGCUCUGAACAGGCGGGUCGGAUCUCUCCCUGGAAUCUCUACUCAAAGAUGGCAGCCGCAACCCAAUGGGAUCUCCUUUCCCUCCGAUGUUUCUCAGAAUCAUUCUGCAUUCUGGAGGUUGCGUGCAACAACUAAUGAGGUUGUUUCUAACUCCACUCCAAUGACUAAUGGUGGGUAUAUGAACGGAAAAGCGAAAACCAAUGUUCCUGAACCCGCCGAGCUCUCUGAAUUUAUGGCUAAAGUCUCUGGUCUUCUUAAGCUUGUGGAUUCAAAAGACAUAGUGGAACUUGAACUAAAGCAGCUCGACUGUGAGAUCGUUAUUCGAAAGAAGGAAGCUUUACAGCAAGCUGUACCACCAGCUCCAGUUUAUCACUCAAUGCCUCCUGUAAUGGCAGACUUUUCAAUGCCUCCAGCUCAACCAGUGGCUCUUCCUCCUUCUCCUACUCCUACCUCAACGCCUGCAACAGCAAAACCAACAUCCGCCCCAUCCUCGUCUCAUCCUCCACUCAAGAGUCCCAUGGCUGGUACUUUCUAUAGAUCUCCUGGACCCGGUGAACCCCCUUUUGUAAAGGUUGGAGAUAAGGUACAGAAGGGUCAAAUUGUUUGUAUUAUCGAAGCUAUGAAACUGAUGAACGAGAUUGAGGCUGAGAAGUCAGGAACCAUCAUGGAACUACUGGCUGAAGAUGGAAAACCAGUCAGCGUUGACACGCCUCUUUUUGUCAUCGCACCUUGAAACGAAGAAGGAUCCUUUUAGCUGCUUCAAAACAUCUUCAAAGUCUCGGUUAAGCUAUAGCAACGUGCUAAAACUCAUCAAGUAAUUAUUUCAGCUUAAGUUGGUUGGUUUCGGAUUUCUGCUUGUCGCUUCAAUAAUUGACCCAUCUUUUGGGAUUUCACGUAACGUACUACACUUUGCUUUUUAGUUUUCUGCGAAACUAAUGUAUUUUGUAGCCUCUCAAUCCUGGCUCUCUGUCCCAUACUUCAGUUUUUUACACAACGCACUGCUUAUAAAAGCACAGUUAAAGGUGUCUAAAGGAGAAUGGUGUGUCUUUGACUGAGGCAACAAAUAAAACAGUGAAAAGUUAAGGUUUUACAUGAUGCAUUACCUUAAUAAAACAUGUUUCCAUGUUUUCAUCUAU